CUUGAAAACAAAAUCAAAACCUUCUGAAUUGAAUCGGUUUCAGUUGGGUUAGUUGAAAGAUGGCGGAAACAAUCCUCACGUCAGAAAACCUUUCCAAUCCGUCCCCGUUGAAUCCCCCGUCCCGUGUAAUCUGCCAUGUGUGUCAGAAGCAAUUCUCGCAAUACACUUGCCCUCGAUGUAAUUCCCGCUAUUGCUCUCUUCAUUGCUACAAGUCUCAUAGUCUUGGCUGUACUGAAUCAUUUAUGCGAGAAAAUGUAGUUGAGGAGCUGCGGCAACUGCAACCUGACGAUGAAAUUAAACGGAAAAUGCUUGAAAUUCUGAAACGGUUUCAUUCGGAGGAAGAAACCCAUACUGUGGAUGAAGAUGAUGAUGAUUCGACUCUUUCCGAUGAGACUAUUCAGAAGAUUUUGUCAGGACGUGAGGUUAGUUUUGAUGAUUUGUCUCUUGAAGAGAAGAAACGGUUCCAAAAAGCUGUGGCAUCUGGAGAAUUGAGUAAGAUGAUUGAGCCCUGGGAUCCUUGGUGGUUGAACCCAGCUGCUGGAACAAUCUGUCUAAGCAGGGAUGGAACUCGGCUUGUACAACCUAUUGCCAACCUGGAAGCAUCAGUGCCACCAGAAGAUGAUCUAGAAAGCAACCAAUCAAGUGGAAUUCCUGUUGGCCCUGAAACUCCACUCCCUUCACUUCGCAAGCUUAUUUCUACAGAGCCAUCUCCGCUUUUAGCUGUUCAUUUGGUUGACAUUGUGUAUAGCUACUGCUUCACACUUCGUGUCUACAAUGGAGAUUGGCAAUCUGAUGCCAUAGGAUCAGCAAUGGUGGUAUUGAGUAUAUCCUGUGUAUUGGGUCAAGCUGGACAGCCAGAAACUGUGCGGGAAGCUCUGUCUUAUUGCUUGGAGCAAACUUGCUCCCCAGCAUAUAGGCAUAUUGGUGGCUUGCAAUUUGGAUUGGUUCUUGUUGAUGAUGUAGCUACCCUACUUUCUCUUGGAGGUCCUGCUUUAAUCUGUAUGCUUUUUGAUCUGCAAAGGAUGAUUCAGGCUGGGGAAGAGGAGUUGAAAUCCGAGAAACCAAGAAAGUUGAGGAAAGCGGAAAUCAAAAGCAAGUUGAAGCUUGCUGAGAGGAAGGUUCAUUUCAUUAUGUGUUGGGUUCAUGAGCAACCAGGGGAAGCAUGGUCUUCUUUAGGAGCCAUGGUAAAAGCAGAAAAGAGUUCAUUCAUGGAUUAUGGAGGCAGUAAAAGCUUUUCGAAAAUGGAGAAUAAAGCAGAAAACAAGGGAAAAGUUUUGAUUGAGGAAAUGUAAUGAGUUAUUCACUAUCCCUUAACAAUUUUUGAGUUGGGAAUGUUGUAUGACAUGAACAUGUAGAUCUGCCGUAUAAGGUUACAUGUAGAUUUGGAUAAAUAAAUUUUUUCAGAUUAAGUUAAAAAA